CCGCCGCUUUGACUGACUCCGUCCUUUCUGUUCAUCAAGUUUGGUUGAGUUGUUUGAGAGUUCAUGACAGACUUAAAGAAGCGUGAAAAACUCGCGCCUUCACACAUUAUGAGCGAUCAACAGCAGAAUCAAAUGGCCGCGCUGGUGGAGAACGACACGAGCUUCAUUCAGAAGAGAAACUCCAGCACGCCUCAAAUGCAAACGAUAUAUACCUUCAUACCGCCCAGCUCUACAUACAUGGACUCGCAGCAGCCUUCACCUUUAGCGCUGUUAGCAGCCACUUGCAGUCGGAUUGAUGAAAACGACACUGUGGAACAACAGACACGGCAAAGCCAGGCACAGGACACACAGAUCGAGCUCCAGCACCCUCAUCUGUCACAUGCCUCCAACGGCUGGCACAUCAUACCCGCAAGCUCUCAGGCUGCCACCAGCUCCACUAGCGCAACCUCUCCCUCGGAGGACAAAAGCAGACAGACUGGAGCUCUGGUGCAACCCCAGUAUGUGAUGGCGUCCUCACAAAACCUACAAAGUCAACAGGUGCUCACUGCCCUCUCUGGUGUGAUGCCAAAUAUCCAGUAUCAGGUGAUCCCACAGUUUCAGACUGUAGAUGGACAGCAGCUCCAGUUUGCUCAGACAGCUCAGGAUGCGUCAAACCCAGCAGCUGGGCAGUUUCAGCUCGUGUCCUCGCCUAAUGGUAACCAGCAGCUCAUCGCUGCCCCCGCUAACCGAGGUACUGGUGCUGGAAACAUCUUAACCGUCCCAGGCCUUUUCCAGCAAGCAAUACCUCUGCAGAACAUCAGUCUGGGUGGGACUGUGCUUCCCAAUCAGACACAGUUCCUCACCAACAUGCCUGUUCCUCUGAAUGCUAACAUCACUCUUCUCCCGGUUAGCUCUGGUACGCCUGUCGGACCUGGAGGUGAUCCGAACGCUGGAGGAAAUUUAGGAACAUCUCAACAGCUUCUCCAGUGCACGUCGUCUACAACUCCAGUGGAGUAUUGCACUACUUCUACCAGCACACGAACGGCCACAUCAGGCAUCGUAACACUAACCCAGAGUAGCAAAGGAGACGCGGGAAAGCCCUUCCAGAACAUGUCCGCCGCAUCUGAUAAUCGAGACGGGCAGAAACAGUGUCAAGCACAGUUCCUCAUUCAGCCACAGCAGGUCCUGCAGACCGUUCAGCCCGGCUCGGUCUCGGCCGGAGGUCAGAUGUUCGCAACACAGACUUUGUCUCAGGAUGGAGUGCAAAAUGUUCAGAUCCAGACCAUCGCGAACGGAAGCCCCAUCCUGAUCCGUACCGUGGGUCCGAAUGGCCAGGUCAGCUGGCAGACCCUUCAGUUGCAGAGCCCUGCUAACGCCCAGAUCACACUGGCUCAGGCGGGGGCACCAGGAACCAUGCAGCUCUCUGGCCUUCAGACCAUCAACUUGAACACGCUUGGCAGCGCAGGACUGAUGCAUCAGCUGCAAGGGGUUCCCAUCACCAUCUCCAAUACAACAGGUGAAGUGAGUGGUGCGGGGGGAGACGGUCUGGAGGACAACAGUGUGAUGGAUGAGAAUGUGGAGGGCAGCCCGACCACCACCAGCAGACGCACGCGCAGGGAAGCCUGCACCUGCCCGUACUGCAAAGACGGAGAGGGACGCAAUGACCCCACUAAGAAGAAACAGCACAUCUGCCAUAUUCCUGGGUGUGCCAAGGUUUAUGGGAAAACAUCUCAUCUACGGGCACACUUACGCUGGCACACAGGAGAGAGACCCUUCGUUUGUUCCUGGUCCUUCUGUGGGAAACGUUUCACACGCUCUGAUGAGCUGCAGAGACACAAGAGGACACACACAGGUGAAAAGAAGUUCUCGUGCCCGGAGUGUCCCAAGCGGUUCAUGCGCAGCGACCACUUGUCCAAGCACAUCAAGACCCAUAUGAAUAAGAAAGGAUCUGCUGGCGCAGUGAGCGCCGCUGACACCACCGUCACGACCGCGAGCCCGGCUGACAGCUGUGCCACAGGUGACAUGACCACCGACCAGCAGACGCUAGUUACUAUGGGCACGCUGUCAUCCGAGGGGUUCACGCGGUUAGAGCCCAGUGGCAUCAAUGUCAUGCAAGUCACAGAUCUGCACUCCAUCAAUCUGAAUAGCAAUGGCUAUUAAGCACUUUGGGUGGCGAGAGUGCAGUGAGCAUGUUGAGAGCUCUGACUGGGAAGGAUGAAUGCCCUGCAGUUUGUAGGCAUUAAAACGGCGGUUCAGGCGCGGAGCCUCCAGUGAGCGACAGCCAUGAAAAAUGGUUUCACAGGGGAUAGAAAGAGGUGUGAUAGUGCACCUUAAAGGUGCUUGUUUACCUCGUCCUCUUUGAGACUCCAGCCUUUUUUGCAUCCCUUCCAUGUAUAUUCUGAAUCCAGCUUUCUUUUCCCUUUUUACUGAUUCCCUGAACUGAAAUUGUGGUGUGUCACGGUAAGCAUCACUCAGUGGUCCACUUGACGUCAUGAUAUCAGGAUAUAUUGGGUUACAA